AUGUCCCGCCGUCCGUCAGCAUCAGGGCGGCGCUUCAGCGAGGAGACUCUCCAGCUCCGCCGGCGGCGCUCUGUCAGCGCUACCCAGGGCGUAGACGCCGCCGAGUUUCUGGCAUCGCGCCCUCGCAGACUCAGCAUCACCAAGCCCCGAGCAGCCCGCAAGUGGCUCGAGUACCCGCAGCUCCUCGUCGCUGUCCUCAUCGUCUUUGUCUUCCUUUUGAUCCUGGUGAUCGAGCAGAGUGAUUGUGGUCCACUCGACCUUUCGGCGGACACUGCUCCCAUCAGCUGA